AUGCUGCCAAAGAUUGAACGCCUGUUUCGUCGGGGCUAUCGGGCCUUGACUAAAUCAGCUGAGACCGUGACUUCGAACAACAAAGAGAACCUGCCUUCGGGAAACAAAGAACCCUCGCCCUCGGGCAACAAAGAAUACACCCCAAAGGCGAGCCAAGUGCCGUCAAGUUCCCAUCCCAUCAGGGAAUGGCUCAAAAACGUGACACACCCUAUGGAUGGGUCUCCCGCCAACAAUGUGAGACCCAAAGUCGAUGGUAUUGACUUCUACAUCGACUUCUCUGAGACUUCAGAAUCGAGAUCCACCCCGGCCUGGUUCAACGAGACUUGGGACAACGACCCCGAGAUUCGACGUUUCCUGUGGGAGGACAAUAUUUCCCACGACCAGGUGCCUUCAGGAUUCCGUGCAACUCACCACUCCCCCCACGGAUCCGACACUAUGAUCAAAUCACUUCCUUCUCCCUCUCUUGCUACCCCGAUCCUGCCACAACCGGCGGUUGCACCUACUCCCCUUGACCGUCCUUCCCCGUCGCUCAACACUCUUCCUGACACGAUUGUUCAGUUCAACGAACAUGGUCAGAUUGCGACCUCAACCCAAGAAACAGCCUUCUUCCCCGAGGAAACAGAGCCUCGGUAUCUAGCUAAGCAAGUUAAGCUUGAGCCACAGGAUUCUGUAACAAAACGCAAGCGGUCUGAGGACACUGACGUCAAUGAGGACGACAAAUGGGACUCCGAGCCGCCCACCUCACCUGAAUACAAGAUUUCUAUUGCGAGUGAUGGUGGUGACAGCGAUAUCAGCGACGCUUCUUCCUCACCAUGUACGAAGCGAGUAAAGAGAGCUGCUUUGCAUCCCUCGGUCAAGAACAGCCGCUCGAUUAAGCCCAAAGUCGGAAAGACCAGAAGGAAGAAGAAGAAGGGAACAUGGGAAUCGGAUAGGUCAAUGUCUGAGCCAAGUGACCUCGACGAGAGCGAGGAAGAAUACAUCAUUCCGACAGGAGAGCGCGAUGAGCUGCUCAAUAAUAAGCUGACCCGAGAAAGAGCAAAGCGCCUACUUGAAGCAGUAGAACUCCCCCAGGGCCACGACCUGUCACCAGAUGAACAGCGGACUGCUCAUCAACUUCUUACUCGUGGCUGCAUGCCAACUAUCCACCGACACUGGGAGAAAGAUUUCUCCACCCUUCCAGAGUCACUGUUCUUUUCUGGGAAUGAUGAUGAAGCUCAACGUAACGAAUCCAACUUUAUCCUUGAAAACGAUAAGUGUUCCGAGUUUUACGCCAUCCGCGCAUUCCAGGAGCUUUUAAAGAUAUGCGGUAAUGUGAGGGACUACUGCAAUAUCCUUGACAUAUGUCCUGCAAUCUACAUCAAGAAGUCAAUAGAGAAAUACCUGCGCUGGGCAUUGAGCGAUGCCGGUGUCAGGGUGCAGCCGAACACACCCCCUGUGCACGUUAUCUAUCGCAAACCUCAGGACGAAGAGCCAAAAGAAGCCUUUAAUAAAGUUGCCAAAACAUUGGAGGAUCUAUCGAAUACCUGGCAGAGCCAACUCGCUGGAUCCCAUGAUGGUGAAGAAGCCUGGCCGGCAUUGAUGGGGCUCGUUCUCUGUGGGCCUGUUCUUUCUGUCAUCUCUCUGGACACCAAUCCCAAUCCGCAAACCCUAACACACGGAAUCAAGUUCCUUGGUCAUUUCGACCUUUCAGAUUUCGAUAAUGAUGUCUGGAACACCCUGGCUAUCGCGAUCAUCAUCAUGCACAUCAGAAGGACCGUGACCAAACUCGCAAAGGCCUACGAUCACAGGUUUGUGGCCUCGAUCUUUGAUGGCCCUGCCAUGAAUUCCCCAGAUCCUGACCGUUGA